UGCCGUCUAUCCCCUCGUACUAAGGUCACCCAUCGAAGAUACAUCCACAUCCAGCGGCGGAAGGAGCACCCCACACCGAGGAAAGUUGCCGUUCGCCGCCUAGGUGUCUGAGGGUGAUGGGCUUCACCUAUGUGCAUGUACGUGGCGUCGUGACGACUCAGAUGGGUGAAAAGCUGAACAAAGACAUCAAUGCGAACGGGGAGUUGAGCACGCCGCCGACAGCGGAGGAGGAAGUUUUCGUGUUGCCGGGAACAGUCACCACAGACGAGCGGAGCAGACUGUCUCCUGUCACCGACAGAUUCGACGAUGGCAGACCGUCCACAUCAAGACCGUCGUCCGUUGCCAGCGGCAUGUUGCCUGGAUACAGGACGAUAUCUGCGUCAAUCGGCAUGGGAAACGUUGCCAUAGAAACCCUGUCCGUCAGAGACCCUGUGUUCGACGACACGAUCGACUUUGAAGACGAGUGCAACGACAGAGUGUUCACUCAGAUCAACACGUACACGCACCAACAGAUAUUCCAGGAGCAGGAAAAAUAUGGCGGCAAUGAGUGCAGCCUGGACAUGAUCGCGAGGUAUGUCGGGAUUGUCCUCCUAGUGGCCUUCAUUAUCGGUAUCAUCGUUGCGAUCGUGCUUGCCGUGGGCAAAUAAAAACCGUUGUAAGAUUUGAACCGGCUGUGCACACACACACAGCAGACAGUGUUCAAGCAGCUGAUUGGAUCAUCUUGAACUUUGACCUGAUGACAGCGAAACGCGUGCACCAAUGGGAUCACUGGAAUCUGCAAACAGGAACCACGAACUGUCAUGGCGGACAGAACUGUUUCGACGGAAGUUUUAUGGCGUCGAACAUAGAGCUUCUCGUGAUGUGUGGAAGGAUACUUGUAAAAUAAGAUAAAUUCUC